AUGUCUGGUUUGCUUGAUUUGGGAGAUAAUCAUCGAGGAACAAGAGAGAACGUGGCUGCAUUCGAUGAGCCUAAAAGGUUUAGACUACAUAAUCAUAUAUUUGAUAGGGAGCCAAGUGAGGCUAUCAAGCCUUACUUGGAAAGAGCCGGGUUUGGAAUCGUCUCCAAAAUCAACUUUAGAAGUGUUGAUUCUAAACUUGUAAUUGCGAUGCUUGAGAGGUGGAGGCCUGAGACACACACAUUUCAUUUACCGACCGGUGAAUGUACAAUCACAUUAGAGGAUAUAAAUAUGUUGUUUGGCCUCCGCGUAGAUGGGAGAGCUGUAGUAGGUGAUACCGAAGGUCCCGAUUAUGCUUGUAUCGAUGCUUUAGGCAUACAACCUUUUAGUGAUAGGGUGAAGGGUGCGGUAAAAUUGAGAUGGAUCCACGACGAGUUGUAUGAUUUAGAAAAACAUUCUCAACAAACCGAGGAGGAAAAUAUACUGCAUGCAAAAUUAUAUAUCUUAAGUAUGAUUGUUGUUUUAUUUCCUGAUAAAUCUCAUAAUGUAUUGCAUUCUUCUUGGUUCAAAUUUGUCAAAGAUCUUGAUGAAUGUGGCAAAUAUAGUUGGGGGUCUGCGUGUUUGGCUUACCUUUACAGGGAGAUGUGCAAAGCAUGUCGUGUAGGAUGCAUGAGUGUUGCAGGCUGCUCACUCAUUCUCGCUGUGUGGACUUACUAUCGCAUUCCACGACUUGCUCCAAGGAGUGAAAUUGCUCCAUCCUAUCCAUACGCCACUAGGUAA